AUGAAAAAUAAUGAGAAUCUUUAGAGUUAUGCAGUUGAAAAAAGAAUUGGUGAAGGUGCAUUUGCUAUAGUGUAAAUUAAUAUUCUAUCAUAUAAUAAGAUAUUUAGCAUCUGUUUAAGAAAGUGGAGAGAAAGUUGCAAUAAAAAAAGCACCCAUUGAUAAGAAAUAUAAAAAUAGGGAACUUGCAAACUUAAAAUUACUAGGAGAACAUCCAAAUAUUGUUGCUUUAAAAGAUGCAUUCUAUGUUGUUGGUUAAAAGUAUAAAUUAUAUACAUUUUAUUCAAAAUAGUGAAGAAGUAUAUAUUAAUUAUGUAAUGGAAUAUAUGCCAGAUAAUUUAUCCGAUUAUUUGAGAAAUCUAAAGAAAUAGAAACAAUAAUUAACUUAGAUUCAGUUAUAAAUUAUAACAUAUCAACUAUUAAGGGGACUAGCCUUUAUUCAUGGAAAAGGGAUGGCACAUCGAGAUAUCAAACCUUAGAACAUUUUAAUUGAUGGAACAACUGUCAAAUAUUGUGACUUUGGAUCCGCUAAAAUCAUUUCAGGAGGAUAAAUCAAUACUUCCUAUUUAUGUUCCAGACAUUAUAGGGCACCUGAGUUGAUUUUUGGAGCCACUGAUUAUUCUACAAGCAUAGAUAUUUGGUCAUUAGGAUGUGUCUUUGCUGAACUCAUCUUAUUAGAACCACUUUUUCCAGGAGAAAGUUCUGUAGAUCAGUUAGUUGAAAUUAUGAAAGUCUUAGGAACUCCAACAGCUGCUGAUAUAGCAGAAUUUAAUGUUUCUAAUACAGAUUUUAAAUUUCCUUAAGUCAAAGGACAUCCUUGGUCUAAAGUCUUUUUAAAAUAUAAACCUGAUCCUUAAUUCAUAGAUUUGAUUAAAAAGAUGGUUACGUAAUUAUUUUCUAUAUUUCUAGUUAUUAACCUUAACAAAGAAUAAAACCGUUUAUGGCUUUAAUGCAUCCAUUUUUUAAUGAUCUCAGGGAAUUAAAAAAUGAAGAAGUACCAAAUAAACUUUGGUAAUUCACUCCUGAAGAAGAAAAUAUAUUUGGAAAACAACCAUUAAAGCAUUUAAUGCCAUCAUGGUGGAAAGGUGGAAGAUAAUGA